AUGCUUGCAUCGCCUGAGAGGCGCUUCCUCUGGCAGUAUUUCCUUUCCGCAGCCGAGACCGAUUUCUUAUGUCUGGACUGGGAGGAUGUCGGCCACUUGUACGCAUAUCAGCACCCAUACAUCACCAAUCUCCCUUACAUGGCGCUCUCCAACGCUGCCCUACGUGGUGCCAUCUUUUGCUUCAGCGCCGCUCAGUAUCAGCUACGAUUCGAGCGGGAAGAUUUCAUCGUCACGAAAAGCGUGACAUGUUCUGAGGCGGUUCGGUCCAUUGAAAUCCAACUGUCGAGCACGACACGCGACGAGAGCAAUCUACUUUCCAUCGUCUACGCAGCUACCUUACUCUACUCUUUUGGGCCUGAGCGUCGCGAUUAUCUCCGGAUAGCGUCACAGCUUGUCAUCGAGUUUUUAGCGGGAUGGAAACCAGAAGCAAACACGUCCAAGUCGUAUCCCGAGAUAACGCUGACGGAAUACCGCUGGACUGUCAUAUGUACGCUGUGUUCUUUGCAGAAGCCCAAUCCUGCUCUAGGGGACCGGAUCUGCCACAUGAUCGAGAUGGGAGAUUAUGAGGUCGAACAGAAAUAUUCCAACGCCUUUCAGAGCUGGGUUAGCCAUCCCAUUUACACAUUUUCACCUCGACUCGUCAAUCCCUUAUUGCGAAUCGGCCGGCUGUUGCAAAGCCAACUCUCCCAACUUGAUGGUGGAGCUGAUCACGAGCCCCCUCCAACUUGGGAAAGCCGAGUGGCAGAGGCAGAAGAAAUCCUCCUUCAAGCUCGUGAGCGCGAUGCGAGUGUCUCAGAGUCGGCACUCGACGGUGCAGAUCCAGUGGCCGUGGUAGCACUCAACGAAUCCAUGUACGCAGCAAGUUCCAUCCUACUCUACGCUCGCAUCCAUGGUAUGCCGUUCACAGCGCCAUUCAUACGUCGACAGGCCCGCAUAGUUGUGGAUGAGAUCUCCAAGAUACAGCCCACGUCGCAUGUAUCUUAUGCCAUAGUCUUCCCACUCUUUGUCGCCGGAUGCGAGGCCGUGGAGCCGCAAGUACGGGAUGUGGUCGAACAGAGACUUCGGGAGCCUCGAGGAGUAUCAUAUAAUCGCGGAGACGUUAUUGGCGCCCUCCAUCGUAUUUGGGAGAUUCGAGAUCUCGAACCAGGCCUCCCAUGGCCGCACUGGGUUGAUAAAGUGGAACCACGAUAUCGAGAUAUUUGCUUGAUGUAG